AUGUAUGUUUUUGCAGGCUCCCCUGGUGGGCGUGGAGCCCCAGUGCCGAAGAAAUCUCCGGAGAAAACCCCAACACGGAAGGUUGUCAACAAGGAUGCAUCAAAUCAACCGAAUCCAGUUCCAGCGCAACCUUUGGAAUCGAGUAGUCGAGGAGGAUCAUCUGAAUCCCACGCACGGAGACCUAAGGAUGACGAAUGUGAUAGCUUUCGGGAAUUCCGCAAGAUUUGUGCGAAGGUUGCUGCUGAACCGAGCUAUACUGGUAAAACUGCCUUGAUCAAGAGCCAAUUCAAUGAAGGAGUGAAAGGAAAGGGAUUUCAAGGCGAUAAAUGCUUGUGGGUCAAAAUGCUCUUGCCGGGCGUCGAAAAACGUAUCUACAACCUCAAGCGUCGGCAACUGACGAAGCUUUUCGCCAAUAUGUUCGAAUGUGACUUUGACGCCAUGUUGGAAGAAGUCGAAACAACAGGUGAUGUUGCCCAAUCCAUCGGAAAUUACUUUGAGCGAAGUAAGCGUGUGUUACCCUCAAAGAAGAGCGAACUCACCCUGCGAGAAGUGGAUAAAGCGCUUGAUGAACUUGCGAAAGUUACGAAGGAAGAUGACCAGACAUUCGUCUUGAAAAACGUCGCAAAGCGAUGCACGGUGAACGACCUUGUCAUAUUUAUACGACUCAUCGUACAUGACCUUCGAAUAACCGCGGGACCAAAACACAUUCUGGAAGCGAUUCAUCCGGAUGCGUAUGCCACGUUUCAAGCCUCGAGAAAUCUUGACGAAGUUGUGAGAAAGUUUUCGGGGAGUAACAAAGUGAAGACGGACAUUUUGAAUGGGUCUCCUGUCAAGAUUAAUCCAGCCGCAUCGCUCAUGACGCCAGUUAUUCCAAUGUUGGCUGAAGCGAGCAAAUCUGUGGAUCACGCUUUCAAGCGAUGUCCGAAUGGAAUGUUUGCGGAGAUAAAGUAUGAUGGUGAACGCGUUCAGGUUCAUAAGCAUGGAAAUGACUUCAAGUAUUUUUCGCGGAGUUUGAAGCCUGUCCUACCUCACAAGGUGUCCCACCUGAAGGAUUUCAUCCCGAAAGCUUUUCCAACGGGUGACGACAUGAUCCUGGACAGCGAGAUCUUGUUGGUGGACACUAACACGGGGAAGCUUCUGCCUUUCGGCACGCUUGGAAAGCAUAAGAAAGCUGCUUUUGAAGAUGCGACUGUCUGCAUUUUUGUCUUUGACUGCAUUCAUUUCAAUGGAGAGAACUUGAUGAAGAAGCCGUUAGAUGAGCGGAAGCGGAUUUUACAGACUCACAUGACCGAAAUCAAGAAUCAUGUCAUGUUUUCCGAGGUCAAAUUGAUCAAGGCGAAAGAAGAAUUGCAGGGCAUGAUUUCUCGGGUUAUCAAGGAGGGCUUGGAAGGGCUCGUGCUGAAGGAUCCUAAGGGCAUGUAUGAACCGGGGAAACGACACUGGAUGAAAAUGAAGAAGGAUUAUCUGGCUGAGGGAGCAAUGGCGGAUACUGCUGAUCUCGUUGUGCUUGGGGCUUGGUACGGCACCGGGAAUAAGGGUGGACUGAUGUCAGUUUGGCUGAUGGGUUGCCAUGACGAAGAUCUUGACGUCUGGAAGACUGUCACCAAGGUGCAUGGAGGUUUGGAUGAUAAAACGUUAGCCAAGUUUCAAGAUCACUUCAAACCUCUCAUGACGAAAAUUGGGAAGGAUGCCAGCAAAGUGCCGAACUGGUUGCAAGUAUCACGAACAAUGGUACCGGAUUUUAUUGUCAAAGAUCCGAAGAAGUCCCCCGUUUGGGAAAUAACUGGUGCUGAAUUUACCCAACAUGAAGUUCACACUGCGGAUGGCAUUUCGAUUAGGUUUCCGCGGAUUACCCGACUUCGUGAUGAUAAGGACUUUUCUGCUGCUACUAAUUUGAAUGAACUGCGGCUCUUGUACACGAAUUCGAAAACGUCGGAAGAGCCAUGUGAGAUGGAUAUUGAUCCGCCGAUCGUUUCCUUCGCCGAUGCUGGCGAAGAAAUUUCCAGUUUGGUUACUGCACGGAAGCGAAAGUCGGACAGUGCAGGAUCCCCCUCAUCUCACAAGAAGAAUAAAAAUGGAACAGAGUCUGAGGAAAUUUUCUCUCCGGCCUCGUCUUCAAAGAUGUCGAUCGCAACAUCGUCUGGCGAAGAAAUUUCCAGUAUGGUUACUGCAAGGAAGCGAAAGUCCGAUAGUGCAGAAUCCCCCUCAUCUCCCAAGAAAAAGAAAAAUGGAACAGAGUCUGAGGAAAUUUUCUCUCCGGCCUCGUCUUCAAAGUUGUCGAUCUCAACAUCGUCUGGCGAAGAAAUUUCCAGUAUGGUUACUCCAAGGAAGCGAAAGUCGGACAGUGGAGAAUCCCCCUCAUCUCCCAAG